AUUUAAUACCCAUUAUUCCUAAUGAUGGCGACACCAAAACUAGAAUCCUUCAUAGAUCAAUGCAUCUAGCUCUAGUAGCUUGCCUCCAACAGACAGAACCGAAAAUGGUUUCACUUCUUGAUCUCUUGAACUUGGAGACUAUGUGCAAAUUCUAAGGUAGCCAUGGAAAUUUCCCAAGAAUGGAGUGACGUCGGAAAAGACCAGAAAGGGAGAGAUCCACGUAAGCUGCACCCAGUUACCUCUUGGCUGUGCCUCAUUUUCGGUUUCCUUUUGAUAUCGGCGGCUAUUUACUGGGGUGGUUUCAGGUACGCCUGCAUUGCCGACCACGUCUGGGGAUCACUGGAUGAGAGCUCACUGAGUCGCAGGACUGUCACACACUCGGGACCAUUAUCUCUACCACUGUUGGCUUGUCUAAUCAUCGCCGCUAUGAUAUCAGUCCUACAUGUGGCUUUCAAGUGGCCGUUCUGGUCGACCGAUGUUCAAAAUGUCGCGGUGUCCCAAGACAGAGAGUUUUACCAGAAACUGCAUCCAGCACCCAGUUUUCAAGAGGAUGAACCACACAACACGUCAAGGGAAUGCUGUCAUGGUGAUAGUCUCAAAGACAAGAGUUUAGGUGAUGGAGACGUAAAUUUCAGCGCUGUAGACAAUCUCGAGGGCGUGGGUUCAGAUGAGCAAGAACAGGUAACUCUUACCGUUGACAACGAAAAAUCAGCAGACGAUGAAAGCAUGGCACUUUUGACCUACGAGAACCAAAGCGCUUUGGUAGCAGAUGAAAGCGCUUUGGAAGUGAAUGAUGUAAUACAAACAUUUGAAGAAGUUGUGAUCUCAGAUGAUGAGAACAUCAAUCUUAUUGACUUGGACGAGUCUCAAACUGUGGAGAGAAACAGCUGUCAAUCAAAUGCCGCAGACAUGUGUCCAAAAUGUGCAGAGGAGCACAAUGACGUCUGCCACGCUGGUACACAGACUGCGGAGGACACAGGCAGGUGUGAUAUGGCGACAGUGUCGACAAUGACCUGUAACCCAGGCCUGGUAGAUGUGUCAGUCAAUACACACCAGAGGCUGUGUAAAAUUGUCAAACAUUGUGGCACCUCCACAUCCGGGCCCUUUAUGAAAAAACUGCGAAGGGCCCAACGUCUUCUGUCCGAGGCGAGCGCCAAAACAAAACUGGAGAAACAGGAGAAAGUCUUCAAGUGGAGGGCAGUCAUGAGCAGAUACAAGGAGAAACUCUGUAAACUUUUUGAUAGUCUGGAGAAGAAAGACGAACUGUUAGGUUACACAGCCCUCAGCAGAACCUUGUCUGAGAAUGAAGUCAAAGAAAUCUGUACAGCAGUCAGGUCAUCUCGAGACAGACUUCUGACCCAAUGUAAACUUAACUCAGCAUUAAAAGAGGUCAUUGAAAGCAAAUCAGAGGUGCCACCUCCCACAUUGGACAGCCCAAGCCAGCAACAAGCUUACAGAUAAAGCUUCUCAUUGUCCUGUUUACUUAUUGAACUGCAGAGUACACCCAGAGUGUCAUGAAGUUUCUGUGUAGUUCAACCAUUGAUGCAUCCAUUCUUGAUAUUUCCUACUAUUUUCUGAACUUUAAAGAUUUUAUUUUAUUCUCAAUAUUCUCAUAGAAUAUUUAUUUUACAAUGUAAUAAGAACAUGUAAAUAUGUAUAUAUUUUUCUAAAAAAUACAUUAAUAGAACUGAAUGAAAAAAAUAAUACAAUAAAGUAUAAUCUAAUUAAGAUGCACAACUAGAUUAACACAUAGGUUACACGUAGGGCCUAAUUAUCUUCCUUUUUGAAGAAAUAACUAUAAUUAAUUAGAUAAGAUUUGUAAUUAACUGUAAUAUAUCUCAAGGAGUCAAUGAUCAUUUAAACGUUAUGUUUGCACACCGUGUAAUCUGACUGAAUAUUCAGAGAAUUUGUGAUAUUUAUUUGUUUUCUUCUAUAUGCUAAUAGUAUUGAAAAUUUUAAAAAAUAAUUGUGAUUUUUGUGUACCAUUUAAGUUAUUAUAUUUUUAAACAUAGGCGCGCAUUUUAAUCCCCUCAGAUUAAAGGAAGGAUGAAGUCUUAGUAAAGCAUUAUUCCCACCCUGAAGUGGUUAAGAGAGAGUGAAGAAUCUAAAACCUCAGAAUAUAAUUUUGUUUUCCUUUUUUUUUUUAAAUUAAAGUCUUCAAUAGAUGAGUCUUACGUGACAUUCUCCACAAAUUGUCACAUGAUCUAACAAUAUCAAUUGAAGACAAUUGUUUUGACAUAAGAGUUUAAAGUUUCUUAUAGGCCAUUCUACGUAAGUUAACCUUCAUAGGAUAGGAAGAAUACGAUGAAAGAGUAUACUUCUAUUUGAUGAUUUUGAAUGUACAUAUUUAAAGUAUUACAGACUAGACUUGUUGGUAUAUUCUAUUUCUAGUCUUAUUUACGUAGGUAUUGUAUAUACUCUUACAACCAGGCAGUUAUACCUGAUAAAUAGUUACAGAAUCAAAGCAAAUUUACCGAAUAUUGAAAUCUAUUUAUAUAUUUUAUACUAGCUAUCAACCUAUGUGAACGUAAUUUAAAUCAAAACAUAGACAUGUACUAUCGAUAACCUUCUACUGUAAGACAUGUACUAUCGAUAACCUUCUACUGUAAGACGUUGUACUUAUGACUUCAAAUGUCUACAGCUUUAUACCAGCAUUACUUCCCUUAGCUCCUCUACUCAUGAAAAGAUAGAGGGGUAAUACUAUUUGUCUUUACAGUUCAAUCAAGUUACUUAGACAUUAAAUAAUUAUCUUUUUUUAAUCAUUUAAUUACUUUCAAUGUUUACGAAACAAUUUAUAAUAAGCAUUACAUUUUUUAAUUAUCUUGUAUUUUAAAUUUGUCUAAUUAGUUUGUAUUUUUUAAUCUAAGUAUCGAUUAUUUUGUUUUGCUAUUAAAUUACACCUAAUGUAAAGAUUUCUCAGAACAAUAUCAAUUUAAAGAUAAGUAUAGCAUAUUGAAAUUGAUAAUAAUUGUAUCAUUAUAUCCAUUUAUUAUACAUGAUUUUAUAGGUGAACACAACAUAUAAAUAUUAAAUGCUUUUAUCUAUAUAACAUCCUGUAAAAA